GGGAAAAAGACAUUGUUCAUAUGACUUCUAACAUGAUGAUAAUCAACACCAAAAUACAAAAAUACCAAUCUUAUUUGAUGUGAUUUUUCUUUCAGAAAUUCAUCAACCACAUUAUCAUUCAACCAUGUUUUGCUAAGACUUUAUAAAAAAAUCGGAGCGAAAUCAUUCGGUUCGAUUUUUUAAAUUAAAAUGAACAUGGAAAAAAUCAAGAACACAAAAAAAAGUUGAAAUAAGCGUUUGUAGAAUGCUUUCAAGAAUCCUUUUUCUUUCCUUCCAACUUGUUUAUCAACCCAAAAAAAAAAAAAAAGAAAAAGAAAUUUUUAUGCACUAAAUAAACCAUCAGUUAGGUCACAACAUCAUCAAAAUGUGUUGUGUUUGAUAAAGAACAUGUGCAUUGCACGUGACUCACACGGCCGAGGAUAAGGCUCGUCAAACGCGUAGACCGUGCCAAUCCUUAAUCUCCGGGCAGGCUUGCACGUGUGCCGAUCCCCUAUCGCAUGCUCGCCACGCUGUCGCCGGAACUUCGCCGGAAAGUUGCCAAACUUUUUUGUAUCUUCGAUCGUCACUUUCGUUGCUUUGCAAAGCUGGAGAAGUCUUCCCUCUUCGAUUACUCUGCAAGCCGGAAUUUUCCUUGCUUUUCUUCUCUCCCUUUGGAUCUGGACUGGAAGAGUUUGAGAAUUGAGGGCAUCAGCUCAGAUUAUCGGGCUUGGUGACUGGAGCUCCCAGAUUGUUUGAGUAGUUCUGGUGCACCGCAGAGAAUAUUUACCGUUAGCACUUUGGAGUGAUCUUCACUUUAGACAUGUGAAUGAGAAGCGUGAUCUAGUUAUCGUCUUGCGCUGUUAAAGGGAGGACUCUUAACGGUUGGGGACAGAGCAAGCUUUUAUGGCGGCUGAGAUCCCUAAGUUUAUCACAAGUGAAGAUGAUGACGAUGAAAUGGGGAUGGAUGUAAAGGAGGAAGAUGAUGAAGACGAUGAUGAUAGAGAGAAGAAUAUAGAAAAUUCAGCAAUGGAGGGUGUUGAUGGAGGAACUGCAUCAGCUAGUGGCAGCAACAGGUUUCAUCAUCAGCAGCAAUAUCAAGAGCAGCCAACUCCUCCGGGAGGGUCGAGGAGGUGUAGACCACAAGAAGAGAAGGAGAGAACAAAACUACGAGAGCGUCAAAGAAGGGCUAUUACUGCAAAGAUUUUAGCUGGACUUCGAAGGCAUGGAAACUAUAACCUUAGAGUCAGGGCCGAUAUAAAUGAUGUGAUUGCUGCUUUGGCUAGGGAGGCAGGUUGGGUGGUUCUUCCUGAUGGAACCACCUUUCCUUCCAGAUCACAGGGUUCGAGGCCUGCAAGUGGCCCAACUACCCCUGCAGUGCAGUCAACACCUUCAGUAAUACCAGCACAACAAACUCCCCCUGUUUCAUUGAGGAGCAUCUCUUCUCCAACUUUCCAAAGUACAAUUGAUUAUAAUGCAUGUCAAUUGAAAAGUGUUUUUGUUUCCAAUUCAUCUCCGUAUGAUGAAUCCUCAAGCAUCCGGACGCAGUCCUCGUCACUCGUGGGAGAUGGAGGAGAUAUACACGAUCCACUUUUAGGAGGCUCGAUAGAUUCUAUUGACAAGCAGCAGAUCGUUGAGAUGCCAACAAAAUUGCAGGAGCGUGAUUUUGCUGGCACUCCAUAUGUUCCAGUUUAUGUUUUGCUACCUUUGGGGAUACUUAAUUUGAAUUGUGAGCUUGUUGAUCCAGAGGGUCUUAUAAAACAACUGAGAAUCUUGAAAUCUAUUAAUGUCGACGGUGUCGUGGUUGAUUGCUGGUGGGGAAUAGUGGAAGCACGCGCUCCGCAGGAGUAUAAUUGGAAUGGUUACAAGCGGUUGUUUCAAAUUGUCCGUGAACUUAAACUUAAUUUGCAGGUUGUAAUGUCUUUCCAUGAAUGUGGAAGUAAUAUUGGUGACGAUGUCUGCAUACCACUGCCUCAGUGGAUAGUUGAAAUCGGUGUAAGCAAUCCUGAUAUAUUCUUCACCGAUAGGUCUGGUAGGCGGAAUCCAGAAUGUUUAUCAUGGGGGGUUGACAAGGAAAGAGUAUUAAGAGGUCGCACUGCUGUUGAGGUCUACUUUGACUUCAUGAGAAGCUUCCGUGUUGAAUUCGGUGAGUUUUUUGAGGAUGGUCUAAUCUCCAUGAUUGCAGUUGGACUCGGCCCAUGCGGGGAGCUAAGGUACCCAUCACACCCUGUAAAGCAUGGCUGGAGGUACCCAGGCAUUGGUGAAUUUCAGUGUUAUGAUCAAUACUUGUUGAAAAGCCUGAGAAAGGCUGCUGAAACCAGGGGACAUGCAUUUUGGGCUCGGGGGCCAGAUAAUGCUGGUUCUUACAAUUCUCAGCCGCACGAAACAGGGUUUUUUUGUGAUGGUGGAGAUUAUGAUGGCUAUUAUGGGAGGUUCUUUCUCAAUUGGUACUCUCAGGUUUUGGUUGACCACGGUGAUCAAGUGCUUUCUCUAGCAAAACUAGCUUUUGAUGGGACUUGCAUUGCUGUUAAGCUAUCAGGUCUUCCUUGGUGGUACAAGACUGCUAGCCAUGCUCCGGAGCUAGCUGCUGGAUUUUACAACCCAAGUAACCGCAAUGGCUAUGCUGCAUUCAUGACAAUGUUGAAGAAGCACGGGGCCGUGUUGAGCUUCUCAUGUAGUGGAAUGAGCAUGUUAAAUCAGGCUGUUGACUUCUCAGAAGCUCUUGCCGAUCCUGAGGGGUUAACCUGGCAAGUGUUGAAUGCUGCUUGGGAUGCCGCUGUUCCUUUUACUAAUGAAAAUGCACUUCCAUGCCACGAUAGAGAAGGCUACAACUACAUACUAGAGAAAGCCAAGCCAAUCAAUGAUCCUGAUGGGAGGCAUUUUUUCUCUUUUACGUAUUUUAGACUAAGCCCCGUUUUAAUGGACAGACCCAACUUCUUGGAGUUUGAACGGUUUCUCAAAAGAAUGCAUGGUAAGGGAUUGAAUGCCUUCAUUUUACAGUUCCUAUAUGUUGAUUCAUAUUUAUUCGUCUAUGUGGUCUAGUUUCUAGUAUCCGAAGUAGUCUUCUGCUAAAUAAACAUCUUUAAUAUCCUCUGAAAGGUGGAAUUCUAUUCAAAUAAUUUCCUGUCAUGUCUUUUCAAAGAAAAAUGAUAUGUUAAUAUUGAGCCUUAUCAAAUUAAUUCAUCUUCUUCUUUCAAUUAUCCUGAGAUCAUUUUUUUCUUAGUUAUGAUUUCUUUUCCUGUGGAGUACAUUUUUUUGCUCUCUUGACACGAUGUCCUUGACUCCUCGCGGUACUUUGAGUUAUUAAAUUAGCAACCUGGAGAUAUUGACUGGAUAUGCAAGGUUUCCUAUGUUGUCCUAAUCUUACAUGUAUUGUAGGUGAAGCUGUUCUCGACUUACAGGGAUAGUUUCAGCGGUAUUUUGGUCUUCCCUGAAGAGAGCAGAGGAGAAGUUCGUCACUUUCAUCUUUCGGUAUAUACUAUCAGAUGCAGUUUUGUACAUGAAAAAUGUAUGAUAUGGUUAAAGCAAUAUGUAUUGAGUGACUGCUCCAUUGAGCUUCAACUAAUUAAUGCUAACACCUGCUAUCUAGGCAAAAUUAUGGUGUACCUAAUGCAGUCCGGUAGUUUUAACAGUAGGGAAAACCAAAUUAUUUAUUGACCGAAAUGGUAACACACUAUUGUGAUGGUGCCUAAUGGAUAUGAUCAAAUAUGUUGAUGAUCCAUUUCCAUGUGCUUUUCUAUCAUUCUGCUGCUUUAAGGCAUGUUAGAUUUUAUAGCUCUUUUCUGUACGCUUGGAAAACACAGCAGAAGUUGUCUUGUGAUCUUGGAAACUGUAUCUUCUUUCUUUCUUUCUUUUUCUUUUCUUUUUUUUUUUUUUUGAGAAACGAAAUUCAUAUACCACAAUCUUGCUUUGAGGGUCAUACGAAAGUUGAGAGCUUUCUUUAAAUUACUUUUGAUAAACUAGUAAAUCUGUUAGCAAUAAAAAUCAAACCCUCAAUAACUAAGAUAAAAAUUACCAAGUUCGAGCUGCUUGACUGAAUGAACGUUCUUUCCUAAUUAUCUUUCGGCCAUAUUUACCUAAUUCAACAGUCGUGGUAUACAACUAAGUUCUAGUUUCAGUGCCAUAGACGGAUAAUUGUCUUCUGUAAUUACAAAAAUUCUACCUAUUGAAGAGAAGGGUCUACCUAUGCUCUCUUAGCAUCUAGAGCUUCCAUUCCCUCAGGAACGGAAUCGGUAAGAAUGAAAGAAUGAAGAUUACUGCACCCAUGUAUCAUCAAAAUUCCUGCCUAUACUAUCUCAUCGUAGACUCAUCUGUGUCAAAUAGACGCCCAGCUAGUUCGUCCCAGCUUCUUCUCCAGUCUGAUGAAUCAGACGGGAUCUCAGUUCCGCUGGAAUACUCGUGUUCCUCUGUCCCAUGGAAUGUUCCAUAAAAUGAUGGUGAGUAUGCCUGGGGAACAUCUAAAGCAACCGCUCUCUGUAAAGCUGCUCUGUGUUCCUCCAUGUGUUCCUUGGCUAGAGAUGCCUUCCUUUCCAUCCUCUGUUCUGGUGGAAUAUCCAUGACAUGCUCUUUCUCCACCAAUGCCUGCACAGAGGACAAGCCUAUGAAAUGACAGUACAAAAAAUUAGCUGUAAGUGUCAAAUUCCUUGAAUUCUAGUAGUAUUUAAUAAGCCAUUUGUGAAAGUGAACAUGCUCUCUCAUCCUACUGCAUUUUCAGUAAACCAGAACCAUAAUAAGGCUGCAGUCCUUUAAGUGAAUUUAGAUUGAAACCAUGAAUUUCAAUUAACAUCCAUCAGCGUUACAGGAUCUUGAGAACUUACAUCAAGUGCCCUACUAGAUUCUUGCAGUAUCCAAAUUAUACCGUGAUCUGAUGUCAUGUUGCAGGAAAGAACAAUAUGUUCAAAACGCCCAUCAACAGGAACAGCUGUCCUCACAGUUGGUGAUAUUUUCCCUAAGCUGCAAGAAAUAGCAAAUAUUGCAGUUAGUUUCUCACGAUACAAUCUGAGAAAGAUUACAACUUAAGAAGUCCUUAAGGAGUUAUAUUCAAAACCAAUCUCCUAGUUUCUUGUACAACAAAAGUUAACACUGUACAAAGAAUGUAAUAAGCCACAUGUCUGACAUGCAGCAGGCGUCAUAUUGUCUAUAACCCAUCUAACAUGUAACAGCCUUCUCACUGUUUUUGCCUUUCCGCACAUUAAGUAGUGAGAGGAACCAGACCACCCAAAACACCCCC